AUUGAGAUGCCUGGUAAAGCAGCUGGAGAAGGGGGACAUUAAUGUGGUGGAUUUAAAAAAGAAUAUCGAAUAUGCAGCAUCUGUGCUAGAGGCUGUUUAUAUUGAUGAAACCAGAAAGCUUUUGGACACUGAAGAUGAGCUCUCUGACAUCCAGUCGGAUUCGGUCCCGCUGGAAGUGCGGGACUGGUUAGCUUCUACAUUCACAAGGGAAAUGGGAAUAGUGAAGAGGAGACCGGAAGAAAAGCCCAAAUUCCGAAGCAUUGUUCAUGCUGUACAGGCUGGGAUUUUUGUAGAAAGGAUGUAUCGAAGAACUUCUAGCAUGGUUGGUUUGGCUUACCCAGCAGAAGUGAUAGUAACAUUUAAGGAUGUUGAUAAAUGGUCUUUUGACGUAUUUGCCCUAAAUGAAGCAAGUGGAGAGCACAGUCUGAAAUUUAUGAUGUAUGAGCUGUUUACCCGAUAUGACCUUUUGAGCCGUUUCAAGAUCCCUGUUCCAAAUCUUAUUUCUUUUGCUGAAGCUCUUGAAGUUGGUUACAGCAAAUACAAAAAUCCGUAUCACAAUUUGAUCCAUGCAGCUGAUGUUACUCAAACUGUGCAUUACAUAAUGAUUCACACUGGUAUCAUGCACUGGCUCACAGAACUGGAAAUUUUGGCAAUGAUCUUUGCAGCUGCCAUCCAUGAUUAUGAACAUACUGGGACCACAAACAAUUUUCAUAUUCAGACAAGGUCAGAUGUUGCUAUAUUGUACAAUGAUCGAUCUGUUCUUGAAAAUCAUCAUGUAAGUGCUGCUUAUAGACUUAUGCAAGAGGAAGAGAUGAACAUCCUGGGAAAUUUAACCAAAGAUGACUGGAGGGAGUUGCGUAGCUUGGUCAUUGAGAUGGUCUUGUCUACAGAUAUGUCGGGUCAUUUUCAACAAAUUAAAACUAUGCGACAUACUCUACAGCAGACAGAGGGGGUAGACAAAGCCAAAGCCAUGUCUUUGAUUCUACAUGCAGCAGACAUAAGCCAUCCAGCAAAAUCCUGGGAACUGCACUACCGGUGGACCAUGGCCCUGAUGGAAGAAUUUUUUCGACAGGGAGACAAAGAGGCUGCUUUAGGUCUUCAAUUUUCCCCACUCUGUGACCGAAAGUCUACUUUGGUGGCUCAGUCACAAAUAGGUUUCAUUGAUUUCAUAGUAGAACCAACAUUUUCUCUUUUAACGGACUCAAUGGAGAAAAUCGUUAUGCCUCUUAUAGAGGAAGCAUCAAAAUCUGAAAGUCCUGCAUCUGGGACACCCAGCCAAAACAGUUUGGGAGCAGUAAGCAAUGCUGAAGCACAAAGGCGGCCAUGUUUUAAAAGUACGGGUGACGGAGGGACUCACACAGAAAAUUCUCUAGCAUCUGUAGACCUAACAAGCUUUAAGGACAACUUGAUGAAGAUCAUUCAAACAAACAAAGAAAGAUGGAAAGAAUUAGCAUUAGAAGAAGAACUUGUGAAAAAUGUUGAUGAACAGGAAAAAGACCAAAGCAGAAAUUCCACAGAUGCACAGUUACAGGAAGAAACAACAAGGAUACAAAAUGAGAGUAGUCAGGGAAGUGAUGGUACAACCUGUCCUCCCAGAUCCAUCGUCCUACAAGUAGUCUCUUUCGACACUCCUCUGAGUGAUGAAUCCAACUCAGAAAAAUGCACUAACCCUGAUCCGAACCAGAAAGAUCUCAUCGAUGCCCAGCAAGAAACAGAGAAUACAGACCCACUGAAUGAUGAGCCUAAACACUGUAAGAAGUCAGAAGAUACACUAAAAACCACUGAGCAGAAAGAAGCACUGAUAGAGAACUAGAUUUUUUAUUUCUUAAAAGCUUCUGACAUUCAGGUGGGACAGGAGAAAAGAAGAACUCUACCUGUUCCUACUUCAUGCUCUGAGGCUGUUACCUGUCAAGUUGUUCUUGGAUCAUCCUGUUUCUGUGGAGAGUGAUUGGACAAAAUUAUCAAAAGUGUAAAAUUUAAAAUCCAGAGCUGGUAACUCAAGGCACUUAACAACUCACAAGAUUUCAGUUGUAUCUGUUGUUGCAAUUUCCUUGUCUAUUCUGCUCUCUUAACCUACCCAAAAUACUUUUUUCAGACAAAGUUGGGCCUUGUUUUAGUGCAUCACUGACACCAGAUGUUUCCAAUUAACCAUGAGACAUGUGAAAACACAGCAUUUAUCAUCUGCCCAGGACUGCUGUUAUGUAUCACUGCUACUGGCAUCCAAUGGAAAUAGAAAGUCAAAAUGAAACAUUAUUGAUACUUGUUCAUGCAACCAUGCUGCAUGCAACAUAAAAGUCCUGCUUUUUACCUUCCUUAAAAUAUCUAGACAUAAAAAUACAUAGACUGUAUGGGGAAGCUGUAGAGUUACACUGACCAGCCUGUGUGAAUGAUGAUUCUUCCCCACUGCAGUGGCUGCCAUAUGGAGAGGACUGGUUUUUAACAAAUCAGUAUUUGAAGUAUCUCUAUAAAAUUACUUAAAUAGUAUCCAGUGUUAAAGGUUAAAACAUCCUUAGUCCUACAGUAUUUUGGAAGACAUCAGCAAUGGUGUCAGUUCUACCAUGAAGCUGUUUUGUAGGGUGGAAGAGAGGAAAUGGCAAUGGGAAUACAUGAAAAUUGCUUAGCUUCAGCAAAAUAUUGUGUUGCCUCUCAGACAGUACUGGAAGGUGAUACUGAGGCCUUAUAUGAUGGUUUGUCUCAAAUGCAAAAGUGACAAUGUGGAUCCUGCAAAAUCCUUGCUAGCACUUGUUUCAUUAAAAGAAAACACCAGACCAUCUUUCUCUGUGAGGCAGAAAAAUGGAUCAUGCAUGCAGUUACCUCUGCAACAAGCCUCAGAAUGAGCCCUCCAGCCUGAACUGUGCCCAGAAAGACUCUAUUUUCAUCUCUGUUUCCCUCAAGCUGCAGGUGACCCCUCCUGGCUUGCCUGGGUGUCUCACGCAGCUGCAGCCAACUUCAUAUCCCUCUGCUGGGACCUGCCAGGAAACUUUCAUGCUCCCCUUCACGUUGUAGGCGCUUGGAGGGCUUGGAUCGCCGACUCCGAGUUCUCCUUUUUGGACCCUGCGGUUAUUACCUCUCUGACCAAAAAGUCUUUAUAAUCAGCCAUGGUCCACUCUGAAGAGGAAUCUUGAGGCCAGUGGCACUGCCCUCUAUGAAGAGGCCGAGAGAUGACUGAGACCUUUGUGCUAUUCAUCUGCUGCUUCAGGGAUCUAACCAGAGCUCAACAGACAUCAAGCUCAACCUCAACAAGGGCACGCCUUGUCCCGACAGAAGAAGGAACCAUAAAACAAUCAACCCAUACUGAGGGACCCUUGCAUGUCCAUGCCUGUUGACUGUCCUUUUCUAACAGUGGAGCAAUCAAAAUUGAGCUGGGAACAAUGUGAGCUCCGAGCCCUGGGAUAAGGGCAUGCCCACAGGUGGAAUUCCUGUCAUUGAAUAUGUAAGCCAUAUACAUGCUAUGCAUAACUGGUGUGCAUAGCUUUAACUUAAGAAAUGUUUGUGGAUAUAGGAUGUAAAAAGUGCAUUUAAAUUGUUUUGUGUAUCUUGUCCAGGACUUGUAUUUAGCAUGGACAAAUUUCUGUACAGUGCAGUUAGCAAACAGAAUGUUAACAAAUGAAACUGUAUCAUCUGUGUUAUAAUGCAAUUGAUAUUUUUUGCCAAGAGUUAAGAAUUUAUAUAUUCUCAGCUAGUGUUUGAGCAAAUCAUUAGUAACCUGGACCACUCUGUGCACCUUUGCAACCUUUUUGGGAAUGUUAGACUCUUUAUUUUUUUUUUCUCCUCUAUAAUAAAAUGUAAAUCAUCUUAUGGCUUCUUAUUGUCAUUAUGACAAGAGAAGAAAUAUAAUGCUCA